GCCAUUGGCCGCGGCCGCGGGUUCCGGCAGGCGCCGCCAUUGGCUGCGCGUGGCGCUCGGGCCGAGGCGGCAGCAGCGAAUCCUCGCGCGUGUCCAGCAGUGCUCCAUAAAGCGCUGGAUAUUUUCCUUCAGGUGUUUUUUGUGAUGGAGGUGGUGUUGAAUCCUCCUUGCGAUGAACAGCACCCUCCUCAGGCUGAAGACUUCCAGGAGAAGCAGGAGCAGAACAGCAAGCUCUCAGCAGGAGUAAAAAAAGAUAUUGAAAAACUUUAUGAAGUGGUGCCACAGCUUCUGAAUGUGUUUAAAAUUAAGGAAAAAAUUGGAGAAGGUACUUUUAGCUCUGUUUACUUGGCCACAGCACAGCUAAAAACAGGAUAUGAGGAAAAGCUGGCUCUGAAACACCUGAUUCCCACCAGCCAUCCUCUGCGCAUUGCUGCUGAGCUCCAGUGCCUCACGGUAGCAGGGGGACAAGAUAAUGUUAUGGGAGUUAAAUACUGCUUUAGGAAGAACGAUCAUGUAGUUAUUGUUAUGCCAUAUCUGGAACAUGAGUCCUUCCUGGACAUAUUGAAUUCCCUUUCCUUUGAAGAAGUGAGGGAAUACAUGUUUAAUCUAUUCAAAGCACUGAGGCGCAUUCAUCACUUCGGCAUUGUUCACCGCGAUGUCAAGCCCAGUAACUUCCUUUACAACAGGCGGCUGAAAGAGUAUGCCUUGGUAGAUUUUGGCUUGGCACAAGGAACCCCCGAUACAAAAAUCGAACUUCUCAAAGCUGCCCAUUCUGAAGACCAGGAGGGAAGUUGCUCACAAAAUAAUUCCACCGUAGCCCCAGGAAAUGAAGUUUCUGUCAGUGUCCCAGCACCUAAGCAGGCAGCUCAAAAGGCAGCUGCAAAAGCAGCCGAGAAAAGGCCCAGCUCACUUUCAAAAGCGCAGAUUAAACAAGGAAGAGGAGGAAAGGAGGAUUCUGUGCAGCAUUCUGUCCAGCGCUCUGUCUUUGGAGAGAGGAAUUUCAAUGUCUAUAGCUCUGCAUACCAGGAGAACUCGAGUACAAAACUCAUAAAGCAACCCAAGAUGACGGAUGUUUCAUCCAGGAGAUUGGUAACAAAGAAGAAGAUUAUUUCUACCAAAACCAUGAGCAAUGGGGCCGCCAGGAAAGCUGCCAGUGGUUGUCCCUCGAACCUGAUUUGCGACUGCUAUGCCACGGACAGAGUUUGCAGUGUUUGCCUUUCAAGGUGCCAGCAAGUCGCUCCCAGGGCAGGAACACCGGGAUUCAGAGCACCAGAGGUGUUAACGAAGUGCCCCACUCAGACCACAGCAAUUGACAUGUGGUCUGCGGGAAUCAUAUUCCUGUCUCUGCUCAGCGGCCGGUAUCCAUUUUACAAAGCGAGUGAUGAUUUAACUGCUUUGGCACAAAUCAUGACAGUUCGUGGAUCCAGAGAAACCAUUCAGGCUGCUAAAACUUUCGGUAAAUCAGUUCUGUGCACCCAGGUUGUCCCUGCACAAAACCUAAGAACCCUCUGUGAGAAGUUGAGAGGAACAAACAGCAGCUGUAAGAGAUCCCAGGGUGAGGCACCCAGCAAGGCUGUAAGUGACUCGGCGUCACCAGUCGCAGCAGACAAACCCUGUCCUGAGACACUUGGAAAGCAACCUCAGCACCUAACAAGCUCUCAGGAAGGCGAUGGUGCGUUGGAAAUCAAAGCAGCAGACUUGAAAGGAUGGGAUCAGGUUCCUGACGAAGCAUACGACCUCCUCGACAAGCUACUAGACUUGAACCCUGCAACAAGGAUAACUGCCCAAGAGGCUCUGCUACACCCUUUUUUUAAGGACAUGAGACCCUGAGAAGAUUCCUCUUCUCUGUUACUGCUCCCAUGGGUUUUCUGUGGAAAUGAGAUGCUCAGGUGGCUUUACCUUGCAGUCCUCAGCGUUCACACGUGUUGCAAUACCAUCACACCAUGCUCGUAACUACUGACGUUAUCUUGUACCGUUGGACUGCAAAUGGAAGUUUUCUGUAAGAGAUACUCACAGGUUUGAAAACAACACAACCAGCACUAAUAUCACCAAGACAGAGCCGAGGGGUUACCACUGAGCAUACCUGUUCUCUGAGGAAGUUACGUUGGAUCAAAAGCUACAAAGAGAGAGUUUCACAAGUUAUAAUGCUUAAUUAUUGGAAUGCGCCCAUAAAACGUACACAUUUGCCUUAAGCUAUGAUGGAAAUAAAGUGUUUGAGAGGUUUUUCCCAUCUUUUAAUACCUCUUUGUUCCUGAUCAGUACACAAGGGACCAAAAAUGGGACAGUGUUAGUUGGGCUCAGAUUGUUUUCAGAGGACAGGGUUACUCUGGAAGUGCUGCUGGAGGUUCUGUCAUGAAAAGAAAAGCACAAUUGCUUUAAAGGUACGUUUUUGGUCCUGUCUGCUCUCUCCUACUUAGGCAAUAGCAAUAACUGCUGUUACUUACUUUGUGUAGCCCAGGUGUCCUCAGUGCUGUGGUAACUGUCAAAGUGCCUCAACUGCUGCCUUCAGGAGGGCUCAUGUGACCUGCGCAGGUUUGGUUUGUUACAGAAAGGGAUUUUUUUUGUUGUUUUUAAGGAAUAUCUGUUAAAUAAAGGAUUUGGCUUUUCUAACUUUGGAAGAUUGCCUAGAGUUGCUUCUGGAAAAAUGAGUCAGGUAAGGUUUUCCCGUGGGAUGGUUCUGCUUGGGUAGAGUUGUGCAUGUUAGUGUCCUGUAUGGGUUCCUCAGUGAUAGGAAACACUUUUCAGAUAGCUCUGGUAUCAUAGUGGAAGCACCGUAAUUAUCCAGGAGGUCUCAGCACUGCAUUGGCUGUUGUCUGUGCUGAGUAGGAAAAUCAGCCCACAGGCGCUCUAACCCCACGCUUUCACUGUGCAAAGUGAGGUACAUUGCAGUCAGGAGGAGUUACACCAAAACUGAAUACAUUGUUUGUCCAUGUGCAUUCUUUGAAAUGCUGAUGGAGUUGUGGCUAAGGGGGGAGGUCGUAAAAACUGUUCUGAGAAGAGAUUGCUGCUCCUAUAGCUCUUGUCUAAGCCUUCUCCUAUGAGUUGGUGGUUGCAAUAGCACAAAGGUCCCAGCUGGGGCUGCAGAGACAGCGUUUCAGUAUAUAACCCCCCCCCAGAGUCCAUAAAGUGAGGGUAACGCUGGACUCUUCCUGGCAGCGGCUGUUAGAGAAAAAUAUCUGCAGAUGUCAGAAUACUGAUUGCAGAAAAUCUCAAAACCCGCAAGGCCUUGGGGCCCAGGUCUCAGUAAUUUCUGCUGUUUAUGUAAUUUCAACACAGCGCAUCACUGAGAAAUUGUUUAUCUAAAGGAGCUGUGGCCAAAUUUGGCAAGCAAUGCUGCCUGCCAGCAGCUGCAGCUGUAUUGUUUCCUCCUCCUUCACUCAUGCUGUCUACAGUGCAAUGAGUAGCUGAAAAGGGGCAAAGAGAUGUCAACUAUCCAUCACCAGUGCUGUGAACGACUGCAAAAGAAUGAAAGCUAGAAGUAAAAUAGUAAUGCAAUGGACUCUCAAUUAGAAAGAGAAAAUCAAGGAAAGCAGCAAGGAAACACUAGCAUUGUGCAGUGGUUGCUACUGAGUUUUCUGCUUCUCCUGUGGCUCUAGGAAUCACUUGGAGACAGAGCUAACAGCCAAGUACCAAAAUUCCUUUAAAGUUUAAUUACAUUAUUUGAGCUGUUCAUAAACUGAAUGUAAAUCUCCUGUGGUACGAGCUGCACUUAGGAACAAACUGCACAGAAAUGACAUUUUCACAACGCAUGUUCUGUGGGGGCGAGGCUGCAGCUGGGUUACUGUUUGGUUCAGGACACCCUGCUCCAACCAGGAUAUUAAGAAACUGGAAAUAAACCAAAUCUGGCAGGGAAAAGCAGCAUGGACUUGAGAAACUGCCACCUUGACCAGAGCGCUGGGAGCAAAUCUAAACACGCCUGUGUAUCAGCUUGGCACGGGCUGGCUCCUCUGUACCGAGCCAGGCUAUGCAGGGAAACAGCGGCACAGCUUCUAAAUGAUAACUUACAAUUAGAAAAUAACAGACAAUUGAUCAAUUUGAUGCUUUGACUUGGCUGUGGUCAAUCUCCUACCAGCCAGUAUGAAGGCUGCAGGAACCCUGGUAAAUAGUUUUGGACACGGAUGCAAAAUCCCCAGCCCAGCACCACUCCAGUACCUGUGUUCCCCACCCCUCGUUCAGAGCUUAUAAAUGGAGACUCAGUCCGGGGCUUGUCCUUGGAACUUCCUCAUGGAGAUUCCUCACCUACAGGUUUCAUAGAGCACAUAAAGCUGAUUAAUAAACCCUACCCUUUCUAGACAGCAUGGAUCCUAAUGAGUUUGGUAGGACAGUGCUGUGCCACUCCAACUGAUUCCGGCUGACCCCACACCAUGCUGAUCCCAGGGCUGGGGGGACAGCCGAAACAUGCUUUUCUGCCUGUGGCCUCCAGUAAAACUCGAGGUAAACACCAAAAUUACUCUACUGAACCAAUUCUUUCUCAAGUGCCCAUUGACCAUGAUCACUGUUUGUGAGGUGGUGUUGGGAUGCCUGAUAAUGUUAUUGCAUAAUGCCCAAUAACAUAUAUACGCCAGCACACCCAUCACUCUGGAAAUCUGCUAAGGAAGGGAUGAAGGAACUGGAAUGCAGCACUGAGCUGCCUGUGCUGGGCCCGGUGGCAGGGACACCAACCAGCGUGUCCCCUAUGACUGAGGAAGGGAGCUGCGGGUGCAGAGGAGCCGCACCACCAGCUGUGGAAGCUCCAGGUGGUGGUUACCAUGAGGGGCAGCUCUUCCAGGGCCACGUUUAUGGCCCAGCAGAAGAAAUCAUUCCUCAGCAUUAACGCUGGCCCAAACACUGAGCUCCAGCAGCUGCCCAGAGACCAGCGCAGUGCUGUGUGCGGGCACUGCCUCGCGCCCGGGGCCACGCAGGAUCCCCGGGCAGGUGCUGCAGGUGGGACGCAGCGGCAGGGAAGCACCCAGGGGCGCGUGGCCUCCUCCCAGCUGGGUUCUGCGCAGCGUCUGCCUCCCCGCACCAGCAGGCCCUGCAGGCAGCGCCAGCACCAACCCCUCCUACAGUUUAUAAAGCUGACAAACGGAGUAAUAGAUUGCCUUUAAAGAUAUGCAGCUUAUUUAUCGGGAGGAGCUGAGCUGGAUACAGCAGUGCAGGAUUUUUUCCUUAUCAAAACAGACAUAGAACUGAAAGCUGGAUGCUACCAGCUACCACCAUAAAUUCCAAUUGCCAUCAAGCAAACUGCAACAAGUCAUUAAUAUUCCCCUCCCUGAUGGGGGGGGGAGAUCUUCCUGUCCAUCUGCCCUUCUAUACUGGGUUGACUUUUGUCUUUAACUACUCCACACAGUUAACAGGGACGCACCAUUUCUUGGUAAGUCUUAUUUCUCUCGGGUCAGAAAUAUCUUUUUCAGACUGUAAUAAGAAAAUGUAUUGUCCUCCCUCCUUGCCUUCUGCAUUCUCCUUCCCAGAAAUUAUUUCAUGCAAUCGAUAACGUGAUCGAGCACACCAGACCUAAGCCCAGGAGGGAUCUUCAGCAACUCUUCUGAAACUUGCUGGUGACCGAAGUGUCAGAAGAAUCCUCUAAACUGGGUUCCUUCAUUUGGGUGGAACAAAGCAACAGGUUCUACUGUCUGAGAGAGCAGAACUCAACCAAAAUGCUUCAAAAGCACCUUCAAAAGCUGCUAUUUUAUAGAUUUUCAGGUGUUGCAUCAGUGUCAGGGCAAGAAUGUGAUUUCCUCCAAGCCUUUUCAGGCACACUUCUCAAAAAUUUCUCUUUGACUCUGCUAUCGUAAGCGCUAGGACAAUCGAGGUUUGAAUUCAGAACUUCGGCAGGAUACACGUACCCAGGCUAUCCCUGCCAAUAACCAUCAGGAGCACAGAAAGGGUCUGGACAGGCUAAAGCCAGACGAAGUGACCGAAACACAUGGGAGGAGCAGCAAUGACAUGUAAUUGGAAUGAGAUUCCACCUGAAAGGGGUGGAGAUUCAUUUUGAUACCUUGGAAGAGUGAAAAGGAAGAACUAAAUUUUCACAGCCAGAGUCCCUCAGAUAACUGCACAAACCCUGGUCACUGUGCACACCGAAGCGUUACCAAACACACUGUCCUGUCUGAGAGCAAAAAGAGAACACGCAGCGUUUUGUAGGCUAUUUGUGUGCUGGGGCAGGUGAGCAUGCAGCAGCCCUGCCACCCCAUCCCUUCAGCAUCCAGACCCGAGGCUCACCUGAGCAGCUACAGCCCUUUAGGCUGUGGCCCCCCAGGCCCCCUCCCUGCAAACCAAGCGUGUGGAAAGAAAAGGGAGUUUGGGACCACGUGCCUACAUCUCACCCUGCUGUGCAAAGGCAGACUGAAGCUGCAGAGCAAAGUCCAUCAUGCUUGAAAACUGCUUCCUAAGCAUAACCUGGCGAAGAAAAGAGCUCGGAAUAGCGAUUAAAAAAAAAAUGACCCCCCCCUUACUUGGCAGCUCACGUCAAAGCAGCUCAAGCACAUGCCUGAAGCUGCCCAGAUGGUUGGGUUUCCGCUCCAGCGGGGCCUGUGCUGAUGCUGCAGCGUUGCAGAUUUACGGGACCGAGCAGCAGCCACAGUCCCUGGAUGCUGCUGGCACCUCUGCUCGGCUGCGGCGCGCUCCUCCACGCGCCCACACGGAUCCUGCACUCCUGUAGCUCACACAAAGCCAGAGCAAUGCUUCUCAGACUCCAGCAGUCCUGCCAAUUCCAGCAAAGCACACACAUCUCCUGAGGAUUCAGUUUAUGUGUAUGUGUGCUACGCAGGUACAGAAGGUUUUCACAGCCCAAUAACUGACCAGGGCUUGCAAAAUGCCACAAACCAACAGUGGGCAAGGAUGAAAAUGCAAGAAGAGGUGGCUACAGAGUGAGUUAAGGUACAGAGUGAGUUAAGGUUACUACAACACCCUUUUUUCACCUAAUGGUGUUAAAAAGGGGCUGUACCCACAGUGCCUAGAAAUUACCGUGUGUGUUACAAAUACUCGAGUUUAAUCCCUAAACCGUUCUUCAAAGCUCUUUGCGAGCCUAAAGCAUCCGGUUAUUUCAAAUGGACGUUAUCUGCCUCAGAGAGAAACUCCCUUGCGGGGGAAGCUCUGGUUGCCAAGCGCUUGGCAGGACAGAUUGCAGCGAGGUACCUCGCCCGGGCCAUGAAAGAGCGCGAGACAGAGCCCGAUUUAACAAAAUGAGCUGCACCCACUCCAAAAGCACAACGCCAAGUUUCAAAAUACUCUGGCUUGCAGGAAAGCUUUAAAGAUAAGUUUCCAACAGCCAUCUCGACAGGCUGCUCGAUGCACACGCACGCUAGGGUUUCAUACAGAAAUACAGCUCGUAAUGAGGCCGCAGCAAGGGAACUCCUGCCAGGAGGAGGACAUAUAUAGAGAACGUGGUCGUGCAUUGCCUAUAAAACUCGGUCCAUUAAUUACAGCUGGCGAGCAGCGCACAUAGGAGACAGGGUGGUUGGGAAAUCGAUUGCAAGAGCUGCUGGUGAGAAGACAAAGUCUGUGCCAGAGGGCCAUAAGCAGUCUGUGAAUAAGUGAGCCUAUUCCUGCAAAAGGUUAUUGACUGCAGAGACAAAGUGGCCCACGGACCCUUCGCCAGUGCUCCAGACAGACAGUGGCUGACCUGCUAACCAAGCUACAUCGAAAAUAACUCUCCCUUACAGCAUUCUUUCCCCAAAAAGCUGCAGAUGCCCAUGUCCCCAGGGAAGAAGUGGCGAGAGGGCCACAAGA